CCGCCUCUUGUCGGAUCGGCGGCGGUGCCUCUUGACCGUGCAGUGAGAAGACUCCUCCCGACCCUCCGCCUCGACGUCUCUAUCCUCCUGGGCUUCAUCCUGACCUCCAUUGUUGUAGCCUGCUGCCCCUCGUUCUCGCAGCUUGCUUUCAGUGAACGACUAUAUUUCCUAACCAUUCACGAUGAGGGGGAUUCCGUGAAGCGCCCUUACAGGUUUAUUCUACGCUGCACAUCGUGACGAAUGGCUCGCCGGUCGAGCGGUUCCGCUGUGUUCCCUGCACCCUUUCGAAAUUACGAGCCAAUCGAAUCAGACUGUCAAAAGCAGACUCCAUUCACAGUAUUAUCGCCGUCUUCUGUAAUGGCUGAACAGAAUCGAUCAGGUUUGUCGAAGCGCUCACACUCCCGUAGUCGCCAUAAGUCAAGUUGCUGUCAGAACCAUCGCCGCAGGAACAUUCGUUACAAGAACAGCUGCAUGCUGUCACAAAAACCGCCUCUUUCAUCUAGUUCUCCGGGAGCGCAUGUAGGACCACAGCUUCUUAUUCUGCUGCUGACUGGAUUGUUAGUCCCACCCGCGGUUCGCGCUAGCGACGAUUUUAAGUACCGGGCGACGAAGGCGGCUGACGCGAGCGGAGCGGCGGCGCAUAAAGCCGGGCCGUCUCAGAUAGCUCCCGUUCCGUUGACGCUUCUGCCGGACAACCCAUUCGGCGCCAAAUGCCUCGACGGCAGCCCCCCCGGGUACUACCUCCGCCCUGCGCGCGCGUCGCAGAGCCGCUUCUGGCACAUCCAUCUGCCGGGGGGCGGGUGGUGCACCACGGAGGACAGCUGCGCGUACCGCGCGGGGAGAAGGCUGGGGUCGUCGCACCUGUGGGCCCCGGAAAUUAAUCCCAUGUGGCUGCCCGGCAUUCUGAGCGCGAAUCCCAAUGUGAACCCCGGGUUUGGCGAGUGGAACAUGGCGAUGGCGGUGUAUUGUGACGGGGGGGGUUACGUGGGGCGGCGUGGGGAGGUCGCUGUUGCGGGCAACAGAACACUGUUCAUGGAUGGGUGGAAGAUCGUCAUGGCCAUUCUGGAUGAUCUAUCAUCCAGGGGUCUAAUGGCAGCCCAACAGGUGCUAGUAACGGGAGAGUCAGCGGGGGGCCAGGCUGUGGUCAACCUGUGUGACUAUAUCGCAGCCUACCUUUCCUUCGCCAAUGUCAAGUGCCUCGCUGAUGGGGCCUUCUUUAUUGACACACCCGACAGGAGGGGCCGUUCCUUUUUCCGAGAAAUAGCAGAGAAUGCGACCCAGCUGCACCAGAUGUUCAACCCCAAGUGCAACCAAGCUCUCCCAGCUGAAGCCCAGUGGCGCUGCUUCUUCCCCCAGUACUCCCUCACUUACGUCACCUCCGAUAUAUUCAUCCUCAACACCAUCCUCGACCCCAUAGCGCUCAUGAUCGGCAACCAGCUGCCCUUCGACAAGACCCACGCCACCCAGUGCCUCUUUGACAUCCGCUGGGGCGCAGGGGGAGGUGCGGGCCUGUGGGGCAGAGGGGGAGGUUUCUGGGCAGGAGGCACUGGGGGAGCGGGGGGUGGGGCGGGGUUGGGGGGAGGCGGGGGAGGUUUUAGGGGGGGGGAGGUACGACCGGGGGCGGUGGAACUUGGGGAGGGAGUGCUAAGACACCCAGGCAAAAGAUGCUGGGUGGUGAUGGGGGCGCUGUUUUCACGAGUGUUGAGCUGGGUGGUAGCGAUUAUAACGAAGCGUUUCUGGGAAGUGGUUACAGUGAAGCUGGUUUGGGUGGUGCUGACAUUGGCAUACAGGACAGCAGCAGCAGCAGCAGCAGCCCACAUGUACCACCUGGGGCAAGCCACCGGGAUGAAAUGAGAGGAAGAGGCAGCACCAGGACUACUAGCAGCGUCAGCAGGGGCAGUGCCAGUGCCACCAGCACCAGAAUUGCGAGCAGAAAGUCUGUCAGCAGCUUUGGCGUUGGUCAGAGCAAGAACGGCUACAAUUCUAACAAGCGGCAGAAGCAAGUGCGGAACCAAAUGCAGCAGCCGCUACAGCAGAAGCAGCAAGGAGAGGAGCAGCAACUGCAGCAGCAGCAGCAAGCCUGUAGUCCUAAAGAACGGACUGCAGUGCUGAACCAUGGUUCCAUAGUAACAACCUCGCUACAAAAAUAUGCCAGCGAUUCAGCGGGCAAUAUCAGGGUGUUCCUUUUGAACGUUUCCGCACAUGGGAUUGGGUGCACGAGCUACUGGGCAUCAUUCACUUCUGAUUGGAUGCUCAUGCCACUGAAUGUUGCAGUGGCUAACUGGUUUGACGGAUCUUGAGGGUGAAGCUAUGCUCUAUUUGUAAUACGACCAGGGCUCAAAUUUGAAGGGUAUUUCACCCUGAUUGCCCUUGCCAGCGGCCGCCUUUUCAGGAUCACCCUGAUUUUCAAAGGGUAUUUUUUUUGUGACACUUUCUCUAAACGUAAUCAUAGAUUUGAUUGCUGCACCUCGAAACCGUAGUUGCAUGCGGGCAUGACCCAGGCUAGCUGCUUGGCUGCUCCUUCCUGCUUGUGCAGUAGGGACCGAGGUCUCUUCUUUAAAAAAGUGCAAGGAGAAGCUCUCCUUGCAUCGCACCGACCAGAGCCUCAUAGGAGGAUGGCUCGAGAUAAACAUGAUGCUUCACACCAUCUGCACAAGAGAAGCUCGCUUAGUAGAAAGCACUCGCUUGCAAAGGCGCAUGACUUCCCGUCACCUUCUGGCUACGAUCGCUCUUCAUCCAUCUUGACGAUGCAAUCCUCGCCGUGCAUUCUCCUUCUUCCAGACGGAGCAGCUCGCCUCUACUGGGACCGGGUGACUGCAGGCCAGGUGCAGCAAGAGUACCCGGAAUUCGUCGUCUGCGAGGAGUCAGAUCCCGUGAAUCCUCUUCAGCGUUCUGCUGUUCUUCAGCCUGGCAGCACCUGUUUUCUGGUUCCUUCGGCUCAAAGAAACCGGCGCACACAGCACGUACUAUCAUCGCCAAGGCAACUCAAUGGACCUACAAUGCUCCAACCAGCAAAUGAGGAGCCGUUUUCCACAAUACUGCGGCUCGCAAGUUCCGGAGAUUUCCGGGAAUCAGGAGUGACAGGGCUAGUAGUUACUGUAAAUAAUCGCAAGGACAUGCUUCUCCCCGCCAGAAGGGCAAGAUCGUUGAGCACCAGAGCAGCGCCCAGGAGGAGCAGAUCGAGGCUAACUGCAUCUUUCCAAUAUGUAUGAUCUGAACUGGAAAUGAUUGGAGCUACAGUGUGUAAUGAUUUAAUAUGCUGUACAUUUUCGAGGUUUCAUCCUAUGAUUUAGCAACUUGUACCCACAUUUGCAUCAUUUAGU